GAAAUUUAUCUUAUUAACGUCUGGAGCAGAGUUGGCGGCCUUUGGGGUUAAACUCGCCGUUACGGGACAGACAACAAAGCGCAGCGCACUAACGCUGUGUUACCGCUAGUUAGCCGCUAAGUUAGCUGGCUCGGCUAGUCGGGGCGAGCAUCAUUGUUCACUGGAGUUGCAUGGGCCAUUUGUUAUGGGUCAUGCCUGUGCGUCGCUCCAUCAGUUACGAUCGGUUGAGUGUCCAGGAAAUAAGCUAACGACUUGGAGAAAACGUAUAAAAUUAGCUCAAUUUCCUUUUAUUAUCGGGCACAAACCAGCUUUCGUCCUUGAUAAUUUCACAUGUUGUAGUUUUUACUUGUUUGAAAUAUGCCUUUAAUUUGAAAUAUUCCAAUUAAACUGAAUUAAGUAUUAAACACUAAUUGUAGUCUUAUACUAAUAAAAACGGGGACGUUUCUCGUGUUGUGUAGCUGUUUUUGCUUCAUAUGUUCGCAGUUUGGCGUCCGUCAGGGCAGAUCCGCUGCUGUUAUUGCAUGGCCAUAUUAAUUAUUGCCUGAUCCUGCAUCACAAAGAAGGGCCCCGCAAGACUGCUUAGCCAAAUGGUUAGCUGGGUUGCUAAUUUCACAAUGAGCAAGCGUGGUAGUUUAUAUAAAUACACACUGGGUAGCUUUCAGUUUGUCUGCUGAAAUACAUCAAUGAAAGUUUAAGUUAUCAGAGUAAAUAAAGUGUUAUUUAAUGUUUAUCCAACGUUAUGUUUGUGCUAGCUGAGUUGCUGCUAACGCUCCAUCAGAGCUGAAGGCAUUUGGGCAGCAGACACACUGAUGGAUGGGUCGCUCGUGUUGCCAAAAGAUGAUUGCAAAACGUUUAAUUUUGAUUUAUGAUCACUACUGAUAAAACGCUAAUGAAAAUGUUACUGCAAAGAGACAUAUUACCAUCAAUCUCAAACAUUUUUGUUGAUCUUUAACAUUUGUUUUAACCUCUUUCAAAUGCAUGCAUUAAACGUCUCAUUGCAUUCAUGCAUUGGCUACAUGAGAAUAUCCUGGUUAUGGGUUGCAUUUAUCUCAUACUAGAUUAACUUGCAUAAAUUCAACUUUAAGAUUUAUUGGUCUGUUGGUUGAGAUGAACCAGAAAAAACAGGUCUCUUAACUGUAAACACAUUUCAUAAUCAUUUUAAUUAUUUCCCCUUAUUUAUUAAAAAAAAAAAAAAAAAAAAAAGAGCUUAAUUGGACAUAUUUCUGUGACUAUUGGUUUUUCCGGUCGGAGGUUUGAGCAGAGCUUAAGCACAUCAUCUUCCUGCAUCCUCUUCAUGUGAUUUUGGUUAAUCCCACCUGAAUGGAGAAUGAGCAACACAAGCUGUUUAUCUACACUGAGCAUUGAUUGGCAUUAAUGACAUAAAUUUAAACACAAAACCAGACAAUAUGGGCUCAUCAGAAAAGGACUUGGAGGUAAUUUGUUUGAUUUAAUCAAAAAUGAUAAAGAAAAUAAAUAAAUAAUUAAAAAAUAAAUAAAUAAAUCAGUGUUUGGAAAGACAACUGCAGUAAAACAUGCAAAAUCAGCCUUUCGCAACAUAAAUGUAGAAAGAAUAAGCUCUUUGUGUCCUGUGUUCAACAUGGCUAAAUCCUUCCUCUUACAAAAGUCUGUCUGUUAUUAUAGUUAUGUUAUUAGGCUUAUAUUGUAACGGCGGCAUAAAAGGAUCAGCAAAAGACAAUUAAAUUGUUAACUGUAACUAUUUAUGUGACAAUCAUCAAAUUAAAUUUCAUGAUUGUAUUGCUUCCAGCUGCGUUCCAGAUCUGAUCAAAAUGGAGUUAGGACUUGAAUCCUUAAUGCUAACAUGUCUAUAACAGCACUAAUUCAGAUCUAUAACCGGACAAACACUAGAUUUGUUUAUGUGGCAGCUACACAAGUACACAAACAGUCAUUCUAGUACAGUCUGUGUGCACUCUCAUUGGCAGAUAAGCUGAUGCAAAUAGGAUGACUGGGUCAGACAGGUCCAUCAAAAAGAUUAACACACAACUUCAAUCCUGUCAUUGCUUGUCUGUUGUGUCUGGGACUGCAGUCGAUUUGACCUUUUUGGCCUCAAAAUGCCAAACAUGCAUACUGUAAUCAUCCAGAGGGAGUUUUGUGCUCUGUUUCUCCACCUUGUUUCCAUGUGUUCCAGACUGUAACCCUUUGUUGACCCACAAACCAUCAGUUUAAUCCGACUAAGCGCCUGGUUGUGAGAUCAGAGGCUGUGACACUGAUUCCUGAGACCAAGCUUAACUGGCUCAUAACUGUUGUCUGUUGACGAUUAUUUGUUUGUGUCCCCACAGGGUGAUUGUAAGUUAUAAAAUCUCUUUAAGUCGUGGUGCUAAGUAUUUUCACAGUUAUAAACAUUGCCUGCUGCCAUUAUGUCCCUCACAGGAUAACACUGAUUUCCACCCCAUAGUUUUCCUGCCCACCAGCCUUCACCAUGAGCAUCAUUCAAGACAAGCUAGGGAAUGAAUUCCUGCGCUCCAACGGGAGCGUAGACUCUAAUUUUGGAGCCGGCAUGAUCAUGUUCAGCCAUCUCCCCCCGGUGACCAGCUUCACCCGGCUCCACACGGUCAUGCAGGACCUUCCACCACAAGAAAUGAUCCUAAAGAAGGAGCGUGACUCUCCUGACUGCAGCAUGGGUACGCAGGGUGUCAACCUGGGAUGUGCUGGGGUGGCAGACUAUGUUCACAACAUGGGCAUCAAGCAGGAGAAGCAGUCGGAGCAUGAUUAUCGCCUGCCGCUCUACCCUGGAGGUCUGGGCAAGAGCACGGAGCUGCUGGAGGUUACAGUGGGUAACAACCACAACCUGCUGGUGCACGACCCCAACAUGGCCAACCUGCCAAGUCAGUUAGAAAAGGAGGCCACUGGGAGGAAAGGUCGGAGGUCAAACAGUGACGGACAGGAGGGUAAACCGAGAAAAAAGAGGAGUGAGGCAAAGCAAUCAAUGAUGUUGGAUGCAGACGGAGGCAAUCUGUCUCCAGGAGCCAAGCCUCACAUCUGUGAACACUGCAGUGCAUCCUUCAGAAGCUCCUACCACCUUCGCAGACAUGUGCUAAUUCACACAGGUGAAAGACCCUUCAGAUGCACUCAGUGCAACAUGAGCUUCAUUCAGAAGUACCUUCUGCAGCGACAUGAGAAAAUCCACAGUGGAGAGAAGCCAUUCAGUUGUGACCAGUGUAACAUGCGAUUCAUUCAGAAGUACCACAUGGAGAGGCACAAGAGGACGCACAGCGGGGAAAAACCGUACAGAUGUGAGACCUGCCAACAGUAUUUUUCUAGGACAGAUCGACUUCUCAAGCACAAGCGAACCUGUGGAGAAGCCAUAAAGAAGGGGCUGGAUCCCGGGAUGAUGGACCUGGGUUGUGUAGACAUGGGACAAGGCAGCUAUGGAAUAACUCAGGGAAACGCUGGAAGUUCUGGUAGGAAGCGGGGAAAGUCAAAAAAUUCUGCAGACGGAGGGGAGCGCAAGAAGAAGAAGGGAGGUAUAGGAGAGGCGAGGGAGCCGCACAUGCAUGGAGCCAUAUCUGGAGGCUACAGCAUCCAUGAAUACUCUGUGGAGAAUCAGACUGUGUCUUCUUCUACUGAGGCAGGGCCGAGCAUGCAGCACGGCCACCACAGCCACCACGGCCGACCUCCAAAGAUGGCAUUCAAGAAGGCUGGUCGUAAGAGUCUGGAUAAAGGGGGUUUGGGGCAGGCCAAACCCGGGUCGUUGGAGCAGGGUGGAGGCAUGGAUGGCCUUGGCCUCCUGCAGGGUAAUGAGGCUAAAGUGGGCUCCACCAGCAGCAAUUAUGAUGACGCCAUGCAGUUUCUAAAGAAGAGACGCUACCUUCAGGCAGCAAACAAUGCGAACACCUCGGGGCCUGCGGUGGCUGGAGGGGCCGGCAGUGAGUACGACGUCAGUAUUCACCUGUCUUCCCAGCCCUCCGUCAUUCACGGGGGAGUUUCCUCUGUGAUGGACAACGAUGCUUCUCUUAGUCUCGAUAAGUCAGUGAUCCCUGACGAAGUGCUGCAGAGCCUCCUCGACCACUACACCCAGAAACCCGACGGCUCUCACCACGGUGUUCAUUUUGACAUCAGCGACCAGCAUGUGGAGUUGAACCCCCCCUCAGCCGACGGACCCGACCUCGGCCACAGCGCCGACGCCUCCAGCCCGUCGGGUGACAAGACUGUAAUGAUGCACGAAUACUCCCGCUUCCUGCUUCAGGCUUUGGAGCGCACAACCCACAGUGCCAGCUUUCCCCUGGGUCCCGGGCCUCCUCCCUCCGGGCCUUUCACCAGUUCCCACCCAGGAAACCCCCUCUUCGUCGACAAGAACAUCUACACUACAUCCCCGCUGGAGUGCGGGUUUGGCCAGUCGGUGGCCUCGCCUUCGCUGCCCACAUCUGUGCCAAAGUCUCACUUCGCAAUGCUGACGGGCUCCUCACCACAGCACAGCUUCCACCUGAGCAGCCUGGAGGCCUCAUCACACCAGCAGCUCACCCCCUCUCAGGAGCUCACCGAGCAGUUGGAGAAGCAGCACUCCUCCACUCCCCCCUCAUCCUUCCAGAUCAGCCCAUCUGAUCUGAGUGGCCAGAAAGACCAGCAACCAGUCAAGAACGGGGCGGUGGUGGUCUUUCCUCUGGCUCUGUCGCAAGAUCUGGGUACUUUGGACUCCUCCAAGCCUUCCUAUCAGAUAGAAAACUUUGCCCAAGCCUUUGGCUCCCAGUUUAAGUCUGACGGCCACGACUUGUCUUACGGCACUGACUCUAGUGGAGAGGUGGAUCACAGGAUACGAACGCCUGUGUCUGAAUUCUCAGGGUAUAGUAGUUUGUUAUCUGAUGUCAAUGAGCCAGUAAUUACAGGUUCCAAAACGCCAACAAGCCAAAGCUACAGAUGAGAUCCUGAGAGGAAGAGAAAACUUUUUUUUUUUUUUUUUUAAGUGCUCCUAUUUUAUUAUUAUUUUUUUAAGUGACAUGUAUAUUUUAAUUAUACCGAUGCUCUGUCUUUGUGCCCACUCCUCUCUCUGCAAUAAGCCUGCAAGGCAUCCUGCAAAUGCAAUUUUUUAAGAGUAUGUUAUUUUUAAGUUAAAUAUGUAUUUUACUGUUAAGUCUUGUCAGUGACAUUAGGUCAGAUCAUUAAUUAUAAAAUGAAAAUACAUUUUGAGUGACUGUAGACAAGCGCAGGAUAUAUUUCCUUUCCAUUACACUGAGGGGUUUGAGCAAUCCAACUUUAUAAGUUUAGAACAAUAUUAGGAAAAAAAAGACAAAAAAGAAAAACAUGGCAGGGAAAUGCCCAGAACUGAAAUGGCAAAAAGGAAAAAAAAAAAAAAGAAAAAGUUGUCUGUUACAGGUAUUACUCAGGAAAAGUGAGAAAGGAGGGGCUUAUAGGGGGCAGUGAGCACUCUUCAGAAGUGUAAGUUUGCGACUUCAAAGAGGAUUUUUCUUACAUUUUCUUAAUUGUUGAAUGAGUGUCACACAAGCAGACUGCUGCCAGCUCACUUGAACACUGAAAACACUUUCUACUUGGCUGUAUAGAGAUUAUGGUACUGUCAUGUCAAUGUGAAACCCAUGUUUUCUUCAGUAAGGGCCAUAUAUAUGAAUAUCUAUAUAUAUUUAUAAGAAUAUAUAUUAUGUAAAGUAUCAGUUUUAAUCACGGGGAUCUCCCAGAUGAAGUUGAAUGAAAACGAGAGCUGGUUCAGAAGUGAGGUGUUGAUUUAAUAUUUUUGGAGAACAGAAGUGAUGGUCGGGCUUUUCUUCAGCCAAUAGAGGUUGCUGUUGGACAGCAGUGGAAUGGCCUCUCCCUUUCUCCUGUUCUCAUCCUCCCAUUAUUUAUCUUUAUCAAAAAGAGUCAGAUUAGCACUUUGAGCCGCUUUCUUACCUUGUGUAAAAUACCUUGUCAGAUCAAGCUCAAACAUGGGGAAUGAACUGACUUUAUUUUUCACAGUUGCUGUUGGAGCAAAUGCAGAUGGAGCAUCUGGGGUGGAGCUGAUUGUGGGGUGGGAAUGCCUUUUGUGGGGGUGCAUGGCUUAUAUGGGAUAAAGGAAAGGGGAGGGUUGAUAUGUGAAAUGUUUUAUUUCUCCUCACUUUUAGGGAGGGAUUAGCUUGGGAGGGUGGGCUUUUUUAAAUACAAUGAUAUUUAAUCGGGAUAAUGUAAAUGUAAUUCAGACCCCUAGUUUUAGUUGCCUUGAUACCUGAAUUAGGAGCUUUGUUUUGUUGUUGAAUUUGAGGACAAAAUGCAUUAAUGAUCAAGCAUUUCUGCAGAUAUUUGUACACAUUGUCCUGUUAGAAACUCUGUGCCUAUUCCUCUGAAGAACAGGUGCAAGAUAUUGUCUAGUAAAUGUUAGAUGUGAUUUCUUGCUGAUUUUCAAAUGUCUUUUUUUUUCUUUUUUCUUUUGUAAAGACAACAAUUGCGCUGUCUUCCAUAGCAACAACUGGCCUUGAGUGCUGGAAAUGAUCUUUCUGCUGCUCUGAAUGAGUCUUUGAGCCCAUUUGUGCCCCGAUGACCCGUUAUAAGCAAUCAUUAAACAUGGUGAAUGCAAUGCUGUCAUAUCAAGAGUAAUAUGUCGCCAUGUUGAGGUGUUGGAUAAUAAUUAGCCUCACAUAUACCUCAUAUCACUGUAAACCAGGGACAAAGGUGUGAAGGUUUGUAUGAAGCAGGUAUGCUGUUUUAUGUAAGAUGUCAUGUUUCUGUACGACUAUAUUUAAACUUUUUGUACAUGACUCAAAGGUUUCUGUACAUGUCAUGCCAACCAGUGUUCAGUCUCUUUCCCAUCAUGUAUUAUUUCUUAUUGUUUACAAAUAAUGUAAAAAACACUACAUCUGAUUUCAUUCUUACCCUCUGUACAAAUUUGAUUUUUACCAUGUUAACCUGACCUUUUUUAAAAAAAAUAUUUUUUUAAAUCACCGCCAAAUUUUGUAGCUGAUGUUGAUUUCUUUUUCUUUUAUCUUCUUGUGACAUGUUUCACAGUCUGUCCAAUGAAUUGAAAAGUGACUGAAUGGGGACAAAACAAUAAAAACUGCUGUUACCAUGAA